UGGUGAUUCAUUCCUAUAUCUAUGGCUGGAGGAAACUGGACGAGAUUUAGUGAGUUUAUUCUCACGAGUUUCUCUUCCCUACCAUCUGAAAUACAGUCCUUACUCUUCCUGGCAUUUCUGAUCAUCUACCUGGUCACUCUAACAGGAAAUAGCCUCAUCAUACUGGUCACUCUGGCUGACCCCACACUGCACAGCCCCAUGUACUUCUUCCUCAGGAACUUGUCCUUCCUGGAGAUUGGCUUCAACCUAGUCAUUGUGCCCAAGAUGCUGGCAACCCUGCUUGCCCAGGACACAACCAUCUCCUUCAUUGGCUGUGCCACUCAGAUGUAUUUCUUCUUCUUCUUUGGAGUUGCUGAGUGCUUCCUCCUGGCCACCAUGGCAUAUGACCGCUAUGUAGCCAUCUGCAAUCCCCUGCACUACCCAGUCAUCAUGAACCAAAGGACACGGGUCAAGCUGGCUGUUGCUUCCUGGUUCCCGGGCUUCCCUGUAGCUACUGUGCAGACUACAUGGCUCUUCAGCUUUCCAUUCUGUGGCACCAAUGAGGUGAACCACUUCUUCUGUGACAGCCCACCUGUGCUGAAGCUGGUCUGUGCUGAAGCAGACACAACACAGUUUGAGGUCUAUGCGAUUGUUGGAACAGUUCUGGUUGUCAUGACUCCAUGUUCAUUGAUCCUCUGUUCCUAUAUUCGAAUAGCAGCUGCCAUUCUCAAGAUUCCCUCAGCCAAGGGAAAGAAUAAAGCCUUCUCUACUUGCUCUUCCCAUCUCCUUGUUGUCUCUCUUUUCUAUGUAUCUUCAAGCCUCACUUACUUCAGACCUAAGUCCAAUAAUUCUCCUGAGAGCAAGAAGAUGCUGUCACUGUCCUACACUGUUGUGACUCCCAUGUUGAACCCCAUCAUCUACAGCCUAAGGAACAAUGAGUUCAAGAAUGCCCUUGCCAGGACCUUCCGCAAGGCCUUGGGUCUGAGAAACUACAUUCCAUAA